UGUAGGGAGUAUUACACUCUGCUACAACCACUUCUUCAUAGACAGUCAGUUGAGAAAGUGAAUGUGCUUUUCAUUCUAGAGCAGUAUCAAAUUUGGACAAUCACUAUUCUUCUGUCCCAGCUGGGUAAAUAUGAAGGCCUGCUAUGGUAGUUUCCUCAUUUUGGAGUCCAUAUGCAACCAUGACAAGAUGGGUCUCAGAAAAGUGGAGAUGGAAGUUGAAGGAAAUGUUUUAGGCAAAUGGGUGGAACAUAUCUAUCAUGAGAUCAGAAGGAUGGGCCACGUACUGGAGAGCAGAGGAAGGGAAUGCUGCACGGGGGACAGCUUUAUGGGUGAUCCACAUCGUUUCACUCACAGGACUGAACAGAGGUGCCAGCCUCAGGGCACGCUGAAAAGCCCCACCAGUACCCCCAGCCCCAUUCCUUGGCUGGGCAGGAGCACCUCUCCCUUCCUCACAGCAGUGCUGAGCUGAUAAUUAAUCCCGUGAGGCAGUAUAGCCACUCGCAAGAACCCUCUGAACCCAGAGCACCAGUGCCCCAAUCUCCCCGCCCCAAACCCCGGGGCAGCCGGGCGCCAUUUCGUGUCGGGCGGGACGCGCUGCCUCCUGUCAGUCGGAGUCGUCCGUGUCAGGAAAGGAGGAGGAGGGCUUUCUCUUUUUAUUAUUCCCCUCCUCUUUCUCUUUUCCAGCCAGUGAAGAGUGUCUGCCCCCUCUGAACCGCACACUGACACGCAGGCAGACGCGCUCGGCCGCCGGCUAUAAAUAAGUUAAGAGGCGGGCAGAGGACGAGCAGUGCUCGUCUCCCGGCGGGCCGGGCCGGGCGGCUGGGUGUCCCCAUGGCGUGCCUGGAGCGCUGCCACUGCUGCGCGGACGGCCGGCGGCACGGCAGCAUCCUCUACAGCAUCCUCAAGAGCCACGAGCAGGCGGCCGAGGGGCCGGGGCCGCGGCGGGGACAGGCGGGGCGCGGCUGCUCGUGCGGCUCGCAGAGGCGGGUGGCCCUGAAGAGCCCGCAGGUUGCCUGCAAGGCGGCCUCGGCUGUGCUGGUGAAGACGCUGCGCUUCGUACAGAACGUGCCCUGCUUCCAGGAGCUGCCCCUGGACGAGCAGCUGGUGCUGGUCCGCAGCUGCUGGGCGCCUCUGCUCGUGCUGGGGCUGGCGCAGGAGCGGGUGCACCUGGAGACGGUGGAGAGCGCGGAGCCCAGCAUGCUGCAGCGGAUCCUCACCACCCGGCGGCACGGCGAGCACGCCCCGGCACCCGGCCGGCAGCACCCGCCCUCGGCCGGCGAGAUCCAGGCCAUCAAGGGCUUCCUGGCUAAGUGCUGGAGCCUGGACAUCAGCACCAAGGAGUACGCCUACCUCAAGGGGACGGUGCUCUUCAACCCGGAUCUACCUGGCCUGCAGUGCACACAGUACAUUGAAGGACUGCAGAGGGAAGCACAAGAAGCUCUAAAUGAACAUGUCAGACUCAUUCACAGAGGUGACCAAGCCAGAUUUGCCAAGCUGAAUGUUGUUCUAUCCUUGUUACGAUCUAUUAAUGCUAAUGCGAUUGCUGAACUGUUCUUCAGGCCCAUCAUUGGAUCAGUGAACAUGGAUGACAUGCUUUUGGAAAUGCUUUGUGCAAAAUUAUAAAGGUGUGUAAAGUAAUGAAAAUAAAUCCAGUGCAGAGGAACUCUUAAGAGCAGAAUAGUGUAAAGUACUGUAAAUAAACUAACUUAUUGUUUUUACAUAGAUAGUAUUUUUGUAUUCAAUAAUAAAAUAGUCUUUUAAGUUCUGGAAUUUUUAUUAAACGCGGUGUUUUUGCAUUAAGAUUAUUAAAUUCAUCAGAAUAAGAUUUUAUGUUGUGAAGAAUGUUCGUAUCCAAAGUCAACUGGCUAUUCUUUUACCAUGUCUAUGAAUAAAGAUCAUACAUACUACAUUGUA